AUGGAAGUACAUAAUGAGUUUAAACAUUUAAGGAUUAGAUUCAAGGACAUACAAUUUGCUACAAAUAACUUCAAUACAUUCUCGAAGAAAUAUAAGGGGAUUGACAGCUACAAUAAUGAUACUUACAAAGCAGAGCUUAAAUGUGUUGAUAGAGAAUAUCUUACCUCCAUAGAUUUGAAGAAGAAUGACGAACUACCUAAGAGGCGUUAUAUUGUAAAGAUAACAUACAUCAAAUUUCCAAAAAAAGAGGUCUAUAAAGCAGUAGAAGUCCUUUUAAAUUGUAAGCAUCACAACGUAGAAAGUAUUCUUGGAUAUUGUAUGAAAUAUGGUGAUAUGAUACUUGUCCAUGAGUAUUUUUCUACUGAAAAGCUUUCUACUUGUUUGAUAUACAAAACUCUUACUUGGGAUACACGUUUGAAAGUUUGCCUUGAUAUUGCACACGGAUUAAACUACCUUCACCAUGAUAUGGAGGGCGGAAAGGCAGUGUAUCACUGUAAUAUUGAUAGUUACAUAAUUCAGUUGAACACGGAUUGGGAGGCAAAAAUUACUGAUUUUAGAAGUUCAAUAUACCUGCAUCCGAAUCGAGAAGAUGAUGCUCUCUAUCUCAAUGCCCCUUAUUUACCUAAUCCUAACAGUUACACAGAUGCAGAAUAUAGCGAGAAUAUAAAGCUAAAGAAAGAAUCGGAUUUAUAUAAGUUUGGAGUGAUUAUGCUUGAAAUGUUAUGUGGAUUAUCUAAAAAAGGGUUGGAUGAACUCGUGCGGGGAUGGUUGGAUGAGGGAACAAUAUAUAGUAAUGUGGAUUAUGCAUUGAGAGGAGAAAAUAGCGAAAACAUUUUUCUGUUAAACAAAGGACCCAACAAAGAUUCAUUGGACACAUUUAUAAACAUUGCAAGCCAUUGUGUUGCAGUAGAGAAGAGUCAACGUCCGACUUUGAAGGUUAUUAUCAAAGAACUUAAGGAUGCAUUGUCUUUUCAGGAAAACAACAAGGACAUCUUAAGGAUGUCACUAGAAGAAAUUAAGUUGGCAACACAGGACUUCAAUCGUGUGAAUGAUAUCGGCGGAGGAGGUUUUGGGAGGGUAUACAAAGGAAGAGUUGCAGAAAAAGGUGGUAACGGAGAGUAUGCUAUUGUUGCAAAGAAGUUAGAUACAAAGCAUGGUCAAGGGGAGAAACAAUUUUAUAAUGAGCUACAAAUUCUUUAUGAGUAUAAGCAUAAGAACAUCAUUGGUCUUGUAGGCUAUAGCAACGAAACAUAUGAAAAAAUCAUUGUUUACGAACAUGCACAUAAGGGAAGCCUUGAUAAAUAUUUGAGUGAUACUAGUCUUACAUGGAAAAACCGUCUUAAUAUAUGCAUCGAUUUUGUAUCUGGGUUAGACUUCCUUCAUGGGGGUGGUCAUGGACAAGAGAUAGUGAUACAUAGGGAUAUCAAAGCUGCUAACAUUUUAUUGUUUGAUAACUGGAAGGCAAAAGUUGGUGAUUUUGGUCUUUCCAUGAUAAGUACAGUAAACAAGGAAACACACUAUGUCAUCGAUCAUGCUUGCGGCACAAAAGGUUACUUGGAUCCUUUGUACUUAAAAACUGGAUUCUUAACCCUGGAGUCUGACAUUUAUUCUCUUGGGGUAGUGUUGUUUGAGAUCUUGUGCGGGAGUACAACGUUUGAAAUCUACAAACUUAAGGGUCAGUAUCUACCAUGUUUCAUUAAGGACAUCUUUAAAGAAGGAAAACAAAGUGAGGUGGUGUUCCAUGCUAUAAAGUAUGAAAUUGUGCAGAAAUCAUUGACUACAUUUCAAAACAUUGCCUACCAAUGCUUAGACGAUGAUAGAGAAAAACGACCAACAUCAAAAGUAGUAUUAGCACAGCUUAAGAAUGCAAUGGAACUUCAAGUAAGUUAUAAAAGCUUAUGA